CGGGUGCAGGUCGACCAAAUUCCUAGGUAGGCGGCUGCCAUGUCGCUGUGGACUGAGCUCGGCGAUGUGGCGACGGUGGCACAGCUGGUCGGCACAGACGUCGUCGGGCUCAUCUCAAGGAUCACGCAGGCCGCGGAGACGGCGCGGCAGAACAGGAGGGAUUGCCGGCAGCUCGCGCGUCGGGUGCUCAUAAUCUCGCGGCUGCUGCCGCUCGUGGAGGACCCGGAGGCGGCGCGGCAGAUGGCCGGGCUGGGUGACACGCUGCAGGAAGCCCACGAGCUCCUCAUGUCCUGCCAGAGGAGGAGCGCGGCGUACUGUCUUUUCAUGGCCGGCAGGAAGGCCGUGAGGUUCAGGGAGAUGCAGAACAAGAUCGACUUCUACCUUCUGCUCUUCCCCGUAACCAGCCACAUCGGCAUCGCACGCCGUCUCGACCGGAUCUACAAGCUCCUCGACACCGCCGGAGCCGGAGGUGAAUCGUCUAUGCUUCCACAGCCGUCCCAGCUGCAGCAGGAAGUAGUAGUACCGUAUGAAAUCCAUGAAUUCACGUUUGCAGAAAUCGUCGCUGCCACCGAUUAUUUCGCCCCUCACACGGAGCUCGAGCCCGCCAGCUCUGCAACGAUGUACAGGGGCAGCCUUCACGAUGGGCGUGAGGUGGCCGUCAAGCGCAUCACGGACCGCCGUGAGUACAACUUAUUACAGGAGGAGUUCCGCACGGAGCUCGACAUCCUGCCACGGCUCCAGCACAAACACAUCGUCCGCCUCCUCGGAUCAUGCGUGACUGCAAGGAAGGACAAGCAACAGAAAAAGAAGCGUCUGCUGUCCUGGUGGAGGAGAAAGGAGCCGAAAGAGCCGGAGUGGCUGGCCGUCUACGAGUACAUGGAGAACGGCACGCUCUUCCACCAUCUACACCCUGAUCAGGGCUCCUCCGAGCUGUCGUCCGUGACGGUGUCAUGGAAGGCGCGCAUCGAGGUGCUCCUCGGCGUGUCGCGCGCCAUCGAGCACAUGCACUGUCAUGCCAACCUGCCGAUCAUUCACCGGGACAUCAAGUCGCGAAACAUCCUUCUCGACGCCAACUGGGUGCCGCGUUUGUCGGACUUUGGCUUGUCCUUGGCCUGUGACAUGGCGAUGAGUGAGGAGUUCGGGAUGACUUGCCCCGUUGUGGGCACAUUUGGGUACAUCGACCCAGAGUACUUGGCCACAGGUCAUGUGAAGCCGACGAGCGACGUGUAUGCGCUGGGCAUCAUGAUGCUCGAGGUUCUGACAGGUAAAAAGGUGACUGAGGAGGACGAACAGGGGGCUAUAUAUUUGCCAUCGUUCGCAGUCCCCAUCAUUGAGGCCGGCAAUAUUAGGGGGUUGCUGGACACUCGACCCGUGCCGGAGCCAACGCCCGGGCAGCUCCGGGCGCUGGAGAACGUGGCCCAGACUGCACGAUGCUGCGUGAAGGAGUAAGGGAAGGACCGGCCGGCCAUACCAGACAUCGUGGCCAACCUCGAGACGGCGCUCGAAUUGUACCGCGGGGACGAGCCAAGCUCAGUUCACGACUCACCAGAACAUGCCAGCAGCAGCCUACAGUGGGCAGUCUUCCCGUCCCAGCCGGAGCCGGAGUCUUCGGAGAUCACGUUGGCGGAGGAUCCUCCAGGCGGUAGCGGCGACGAGAAAUGCAAGUCUGAUCCGGGCGGCAGCUGCUCCAACUCUAUCGACGGCGCGCGGCACCAUAAGAUUACUAACUCUAUCUAGUCUCGUUAGUAAUUGACCCUUAGUUAUGUUCUCGUCUGGUCAUCAAGAACUUUGCAGUUGACACCAGUCGUGAAUGACGUCUGUCAGGAAAAAAAAAGAGGAACACGCAUGGGUUGACGGAAUGAUGGGUCUCACCCUACCAUCUUGGUCACGGUGCACAACGUAAAAUGACUUACACACCUAGACGGAGGGAGUACUUUGUUUUUAGCCUCCGUCUUUAUUUCCGGAAGCACGCUCGCUGUCGGGGAAAAAGCCGUCAACCCAUGCAAGGCCCCACUCGUUGCGUACUUUCUGACAAGGUCGCUGAAGCACUCGUGUUUAUAGAUCGAUUAUUAUUACUUUCCGAUCGUAAUACUCCCGCUAGCCACCGAAGCUAGCAAGAAGCCUGCUGGAUGCUUCCGUCAAAGUCCCACGUAAUAUAAUAAGCAAGCUAAUCAGCUUAGCAAUCAAUCUCGCCGGAAGACUGCCACACCAACUCACGUUGUGACCGCGUCCCUCAUGGAUCGGCGGGGGCAAGUCCAACAAAGAGCACUUGCGCAGCGGCCAGGGCGGCACCCCUAUCAUGCGGCGGCAGUCCUAGCCGCCAUAGCUGUCGGGAACCGGCGGGUUCUAUGGCGAUGGUGGGCAUGACGGCGGCCGCGGAUCUGGAUGGCAGAUCCGCCGUCGAUUCUUUACGUGGAUGAUCGGCGGCGUGAUGAGGGAUUUGGUGAGGGGAUGGAGGAUCUCUGCCGCAAUACCGGCGGCGGCAUACGUCUUUAUGACGAGGCUCUGCGCAGUUCCAGCCAGAGGCGAGAUUAGGACGACGCGGCUUCUGGUGAAGAUU